AGCGGGUAGGUUGUGCAGAACCUGCAGUUUCAGUUUGUUUUAUUCACCAUUUUGUGUAGCUGAGGGUAAAAUUAAACUAAAAUUCCUUUUAAAGCACAUUUCUUCCUUUUAUUUUUUUUGUUUUACGCGUGGAAUUGGGCGAUUUUAUGUGACGUUGCAUCACGUCCAUAAUAGCAAAAUUGAACGUUUUAAUUUUUAUUUUCCUUGGAUUUUUCCCUUUUUACAUUUUUUAACCUCUACAGUAUUUCUGCAAAAUGUCAAGACCAGUAAGGAACAGGAAGGUCGUGAAUUACUCGCAGUUCAAUGAGUCCGACGAUGCAGACGAGGAGUAUGGCAGAGACUCGGAGAGAGCCAAAAAGAUGCGCGCGACCCCGCGAGAAGUGAAGCACAAGAAGAGGCCGGGGAAGAACUCUCAGGAGGACAGUGAUGAUUCUGAUGACAAACUUUCAAAAUCCAAAAAUGAUUCUGCUGAUGACUUCGGUAGUGAUGAAGACAAUGACUUUGGCGAGGAGGAAGAGGAGGAAGGGGGCAGCGACUACGACACCAAAAGGGGCAAGAAGGGGAAGAAAGUGAGCAGGAGGUCACUGAAGAGGAAACGAGAUGCAGACGACAGCGACGACGAUCGCGAGGUGAGCAAGAAGGUGCGGCAGGUCCGGCAGGCCGCCUCCAAGGCCGUGUCCAAACAGAGGGAGAUGCUGCUGGGGGACGGGGGCAGCGAGGACGAGGACCGCGAGGAUGACGAGCAGGCCCUCCUGGACCAGUCGGAGGGCAGCGACGAGGACUUCAUGGUGGACGACGACGAUGACAGCGACUACGGCCACUCCAAGAAGAGGAGCAAGAAGGUGAUCAGGAGAAGUAGGCCCGAGAGGAAGGAGAAGAAGUCCCCAAAACCCAGACUAAAGGCCACAGUGACCCCCAGCCCCAUGAAAGGCAAGGGGAAGGGCCGGCCCAGCGCCGCCAAGGCCCUGGAGAAGUCCUCGCCCAAAGAGGAGGGGGACCCCGACAGCGCCCCCGAGGAAGAGGAGGAGGACGAGGUGGAGAAGAGAGAGACCCCUCCCCCCAAGAAGACAGAGGAGGCGCCCGAGGAAGAGGACGACGUAUCGGAAGAGGAAGCACCCUCUGGGGAAGACUAGCCGGUCCCAGGCAGCAAAACCCCUCGCUCUGUUUUACCUUUUAGUCUUUAGGUCUUUUUUUUUUUUUCUCCUCCCUUCUCCUCUUCCUCUUUUUUUUUUUUCCUUUUUUUGUUCUUUAGCGUUAGAAGAUUUCAGUUUCCGUGUUGGCCUGGCUCAAUGGUUUGGACAUUUUACAUCAUUUUUUUGCUUUUAUAUAGCCUUUCUUUAAGGACUUUUGAGUGUGUGUGUGUGUGUGCGCGCGUGUGCAUGUGUGCCUGCAUGUGCGUG